CUAUUACUUGCACCCUCUACAUAAGGAUUUUUAAUCCCUGAACAUGUCUACAGAAGCACAAGUAUCGGCUAUCCUGGAAGCUAAGAAAGAAGUAUCAAAGAGAUGUCUGACAAUAUUAGAGUCAGAAUUAGUACUAUUUGAGUAUCUUAAAGGAAAGGUAUCGUCUUGCACAUCUUCAGGCGAAUUGUCCAACACCCAUCGAUAGCAAUAAGCGAACCACUGAUCAACUAAUGGCGAGUGCUGUAGAAUUACUUGACCACGAUGAGUUAGAUAUCGACCAACUAUCACCUGUUAGUAAGCGCAAACGAAUUUGGCUUGAAAGACGGCAGGCAGCUAUCGCUGAUAAGGAUGGGAAUACUUCUGGUUCGACAAAUGAUACAUCUGCUAUGAAGGCUAAAGUCAGGCGAGAACUAGAGACAUGGGGGAGUCUUUCUUGUGUGAUGCCUAAGACUAACCUCGUGAAAAAGGGUAGAGGUCGUGCGACCAAAACCGAGAAACAGGAAGUACACCCAACUCGUCAGGCAUUAGAAUACUAGGCUGGACUAAAGGAUCGAUUGCCCACUCUAUACAUGGUUGCACUAGUAUCUUUUAGUAUUUUGCCGACCUCUUGUCGCUCAGAGAGUAUAUUUUCUCCGAGCGGCAACGUCCAAGACAAGAAGCGAAAGGCUUCUUUUAAAGGUGACACAUUCGCUAAGAUCAGCUUCGUGAAGGGAAACAGUCAGCUCCUUUGUAUGGUUUAUCUGGGUUCUAUUUGAUGCUGUGGAAUCCGCCACUCGAUCAAAUAAUGGCAAACAUCCAAGAGGAUGAUGAAAUCACAAAUGCAUAGAUAUAUUCUAAAUAAAGUACAAUAUAAAUCGGG